AUGGCUCAACCCUUCAAGCCGACCUCGGCUUCCCAACAAAUUGUGGAAGAUACAGCGAAGGUGAUGGACCGAACGUGGGAAACAAUUCAGGAAAAAACCUUUACAAAAUGUAAGUUGGCGGAUAAAGGCAUCGAGCUCAUCACCGAUCUGGUUCGCGAAAUGUCCAAUGGUGUGCCUUUGAUUCAGCUUUUGGUGAGCAAUUUCAUUUGGACGUUCGUUGAUCCUUCGAGAUUCGAUGAAAUCAUUGGGGACGUGUCGUUCGGGAGAUACAACAAGAAUCCCAAGUUACGGAUACAAAAAGUGGAGAAUGUGAAUAAAGCUUUGGAAUUUAUCAAACACCGAGGAGUAUCAUUGACCAACAUUGGUGCCGAAGACAUUGUUGAUGGCAAUCUUAAACUUAUUCUCGGCAUGAUAUGGACCAUUAUCUUAAGAUUCACAAUCGCGGAUAUCAGUCAAGAGGGACUUACUGCAAAAGAGGGUCUCUUGCUUUGGUGCCAGAGAAAGACCGCCCCGUAUGCUGAGGUCAACAAUGAUCUCUCGCUCAUAGAUAUGGUUGAAACCGCCGGCAGAAGAGUUGCAAAAUUUGCAGAGGUCAUGCAGUCUGCGUGGGACAUGGAGCACAGUUAUGAGAGACGUGUUAAGCAGUUGAUGAAGAACGUCGCAGACAAAAAAGCUGAGUGGGUCAACGCAAAUUUUGACGGAAGUUAUUCCGACGCCAAACGUCGGUCAGCUGAAUUUAAUCAAUAUAAAAAUAGCGAAAAGCGAGCAUGGGUUUCGGAGAAAAGUGACAUCGAUACCCUGCUUGGCAACAUUCAGACCAAACUUAAGACGUACGUGUUGGAACCAUAUCAUCCACCUCCCGGAUUGACAUUGGCUGAUUUGGAUGAAGUGUGGAGAGGUCUGUUGAACGCUGAAGCUCAAAGAUACAAAAUCAUUAAUGACAAGAUAAGAGAGAUCAAGGAAAGCCUACGCAGGUCAUUUGCACGUUCUGCUAACGAAUUCCAGAGGAAUCUAGAGUCUAUUUCACAGCCAUUGGCCAAAUUGGAUGGAGAGUUAGAUGCUCAACUUUCGAUAGUUAAAGAUCUUUCCUCCAAAUUAAAACCUUUGGAGACUUCUCUCGGUCACAUUGAGGAUCUUGAUGUGCAAUGCAAUGAGGCAAACAUUGAAGAAAACGAUUACACCGUCUUUUCCGUGGACGAUUUAAGAUUCGAGUUAGGUCUUGUGCAGCAAUCAAUUGCCAAGAAGACGGCGUUCAUUGAGAAUCAGAUUGUGUCAAGAAACAUGACAAAUCUCACACCGGCACAAUUGGAGGAAUUCGAGAGUACUUUUCGUCACUUUGACAAGGAUGCCUCUAACACACUGAAUAUUUUUGAAUUUAAAGCAGCUUUGGCCAGUCUCGGUCUUAUGUAUAAUGAUGCCGAAUUUGAAUCGGCAUUCUACCAGAUGUCCGCAGGAGAGCCCGAAGCGUCCUUCUCUCAGUUUAUUCUAUUCAUGGUAAAUGUGACCGAAGAUAAAACGUCUCCUGACCAACUUCGACAAUCUUUCAAGAUCGUGGCCGGCGAUAAGCCGUAUGUUACCGAGCUUGAUUUAAAGAGGUCUUUGUUGCCACAGAAUGUGGUGUCCUAUCUACAAGAGACCAUGCCCCCAAGCGAAGUCUCGACGGACGGAUACGAUUACUCUAAAUUUUUGGAUCAGGUGUUUCAUAAGUAA